AUGCCUCUCCCCCUCCCCCUUUUCCUGUCCUAUUGUUUCCCCAGCAGGGCGUGGUCCCAGGGAUACUGCCAGACCAGUUUAAACUAGCUGCCCUGUCCUCCUCAAUCUCCCAUUAGCCCUUGCUAUUGUCUGACGCCACCCUUCCUUGUACUAGGCUCCCUAUCAGCCGGACAUUAGGCUCUCCUUUGUGAGACCACGAACGCAACAGCAGCCCAAAAUAGUGCCGGAGCCACGAGGUGAUCUGGAACUAUCAGAGGCCUCAAUAGAAGAGGGAGAUCCUCUCAUCUCCCCCCGCUCUGGGACAACGACUCCCACCUCGGCAUCGAGCGAGGAUGAGGCACCCUCGACGAAAGGAGACAUCAAGAGGCUCCUAAUUGACCUCCGGAGGAUCUGGCUGGUGGACCUCCAAAUAGCACAGGCCGAAAUUGGACAGGUCCAUAAAAAAGUAAAGGAGCUGGAAGGGAGGGAGGCUCACAGAACCAAAAGUAUACAAGCCACAGAUGACAAAGUGGAAGGGCUAGUCGCCCAAGUUCAGCACCUACACAGAGUUGUGACCACUCUGGAGUCAAGACAUAGAAAGAAAAAUAUACGCUUUAGGGGCAUACCAGAACAGGCAUCAAUAGAGACACUGCCCAAGUACCUAAAAGAGUUACUUACCAACAUGUCCAUUACAGACACCCCUGAGCAUCCCAUGAUUAAAUCCGCGUUUUGAUUGCGGAUAUCAGCCGCAGCACCAAAUGGCGCCCCCAGAGAUAUUAUUGCGGUGACAAGGGAUGUCGCGGCGAGGACGGCGACCCUGAACCGCUCACGUGAGAUGGGGUCCAUACAAUACAAGGACCAUGCAGUAGCCAUAUAUGCAGACAUCCCAUUCUCGGUCCUGGUGGAGAAGAGGAAGCUGGCCCUGAUGGCUAUACAUCUAAGAGACCACUCCGUGAAAUACCGAUGGGGAAUAGAGGGAUCCCUAUUUUUGGACAGAGGAGAGAAGACCAUAACACUAACAUCGGCAGGCGACCCAGAGUCGCUAAUGCAAGCACUAGGACUGGCUAACGACCAACGAGUAGCACCCACAAAGGACACCACCGCUGUCCAAGCCAGGGAACAGAGAGACACUCAUGAGCACGCUCAGCCGCUGCAGGGCACACAUAAGGACUUGCAACCCCGACCCAAACACCAAAUUGACAAACUCAAGACAGCCAACCAGCCCAAACCAAAUUAAACGCAUCAAACCACCCUGGGCCAUAGUCUGGCAACCCACCCAUCUCCCGAUUGGAGAUAUGAACUCAACCAACCUAACAUUGACCCAUGGUACCCAGAACACAGACACCCAGUUCUCUCCAGUUGAAAGUUUCAGGAAAACAAAGCAGCAGACCAACAAAGUCACGCUUUGUUACCUGCCCCUAUGCUGCUCCUCUUUCUUCCCCCAUAUUUCCCUCCCCCAUUCCUCCCCUCAUGAGGGACAUUACACUUCGCUGUUCAAAAGUGUGUACAAUGCACAAGUUUGACAAGGUUGUAAUUAACUAAAUAAAAAUUAUAAAUUGAAAAUAAGAAGAGGCCACACUCUUCACACAUAAAGCACUUCAACCAGUUAAAGUGCUUUAGAUGUGUGGAGUGUUCCUUUAAGAUAAAGCAUGAUGAUGUAACACUUCCUUUGUAAAAUGCUAAAUAAAGUAAUAGGGAUAUGUCAUUCUGUGGAAAUGACAUAUUGUAAAGCUAGAUAAGGAUAAUGUUGUAAAGCUAGAUAAGGAUAAUGAGUUUCAAAAAUAAAUUAUAUGGGGAGUGUGAUGAGAGUUCCACCAUGUCGGAAUAUGAAAAUGUUAAACAAACAAAAUCUAAAGAACUUUAUUCUGCAACCUGCACUUAAGGUUGACUAUAAUAUAAGUACUUUUGGGAUUAAGUAAUUAAGAAAACACGAGAGGAAUGACACUGCAAGCUUUCUGGACAUUAGCAUGCCUUCUUCAGGCCUGGUUUACCAAAUAAAGCUUUUACACCAUGACUGAAGAAAGAACAUUCAUAUCUUAAAAGCUUGCUGUGAUUAUCCUUCCAGUUAACAAAUAAAGCUGUUGUUACACUUGUAUCACUUUUUAUGAUUUUUGAUUAAUCACCAAACAUUUUGCAUCUAUGCCACUGGUUAACUUAUAUAGCACGCUGUUGUGGUUAUGGUUAUUGCCUCCAUAUAAGUAGUUAAGCCAUUUGCUAACUGUUUACCGGUCAGCUCCUUCAUGAAAGCCGAAAGCUCUCUUUGUUGAGCUGCAGGGCUCGCUGGCUGAGAGUGAUCAGGAGAUUCCAGCUCUCAACGAACAGUUGGGUGGACACCAGGUAAUGUGUCAAACCAGUUGCAAACAGUUUGACUACUUACGUUGAGGUUUGCCAGGACACAGCAUCCUGUUGUGGUUAUGGUACUUGGAGUACUCCUUUAAGAAAGUAAUUUGUUUUGGUAGGGCUUUGACCAAGCGCCCAAUACCGGUGUGAAGCGCCAUAAGCAUGCAUUUUGCCUACUACUGUAUUUUUGCCCCUUUCACCAUGGUCCCAUAUACGGAGGAUUUAUACUUUACAAUGGAUGAAUACAGUUCUACAUCAUUUACGGGUUUAGAGUCUUUCACUGUCGGUUUCUCAAACAACCAGGAACACAAGGAACUUGGGAAUUAAAACUGAAGAGAUUCAGGUAGAAAACCUAAUGCUCAGGCACAGGAGUGCUUACGUUCAUAGUAUUUAUAAAGCGGAUAACGUGAUACAGUCAGUGCACUGUAAUAAAUGGAGCCAUUAAAAUUCCAACCACAUCUUAGUGAAAAGUGAAUAAAGCUCUGGGUGAUAAAAUGACAGGACAAUUUAGCUUGCUGUAAACCUGAAUGAUAAUAGCAGUGAGGGUUUCAAUGUGGCUACACACAAAAAAAUAUUAGAAUGCAAUUAUUAGAAUGCACCCACCUGUCUUAAUACACAAAACAAAUGACAUAAACAUGUAAAUUCCAUGAAGAAAUGCAGUUUGUGAAUAUUGGCAAUUUCCCUGUCAGAUUGCAAAUCCUCAUUGUUGGAGGCCCCACAGUAUUAGUAACAAUAGGUUUAAAUUAAUAUCACAACAUUGUACUAAAAUUAAAAACUGUACAUCAGAACACAGGGUAUGUAAAACAAUGACAGGCAAUGCAGCAAACUAAUAAUAAACAUAAUAUAAUAAAUAUCAUCAUAAUAAUAAUAAUAAUAACAUAAAGUGAACCACUAUCUUAACUUUCACCCAUUACAAGCCGGCGUUCUAUCACACCCCAGUCACUCUUGCCAAUGUCAAAAAUGGCCGCCGCAGGGUGUCUGCGCUCAGCGUCACAUGCCCCAUGUCUCGUGACCAGGAGUACUGAGCGGUGAUUGCAUGAUCAGCUGACCCGGAAGAAUGCGAGUCCCUGCUGUAUAGUGAGUGUCAGACAGGUAAGGAUUGGGUGGGCAUGGGGAUAGGGUCCAUUAUAUGGGUCUAUGGGAGAGCAGCCAGACUGGAUGGGAGGGGACCAUGUGAGUGUAUCAUUGGCCAAAUAAUGGAGUUACUUAUAGUAUUCAGAGUUUAUCAGAGACAGGGAUCGUUCAUUCUAAGAUAGAGAGGGAGAGGCUGAUUAGCAUUUGUAGAAAUGGAAAUGAUGAUAGACUCUCAGUGUAUUGCAGCAAUUAGGGACUGCUGGGGAGUCAUGGGAAACGUAACUUACAAUAACUUGAUUGAUAGUGACUAGCCAUUACUGGAAAUAGACUAGCCAUUACUGGAAAUAGACUAGCCAUUACUGGAGAUAGACUAGCCAUUACUGGAGAUAGACUAGCCAUUACUGGAGAUAGACUAGCCAUUACUGGAGAUAGACUAGCCAUUACUGGAGAUAGACUAGCCAUUACUGGAGAUAGACUAGCCAUUACUGGAGAUAGACUAGCCAUUACUGGAGAUAGAGUUGUUUUGACAACUCCAUCAAUUGUAUGGAACUUCUCUGUUCUGGCAAUAUCUUCCUUUUGAAACACUCGUAAUGAGUUGGAAUACCAUGAUAUUGUUAACACAGUAAACUAUACCAUUAAUUACGUAUCCAAUACUUUGUUUUAUGGUCAAUUACAAGGUUGACAAACAAUGCGAAGCCUCUGCUGUCAGGCUUUGCCAGUUCCUACAGCCGUGCAUUGAGAGAAUUGGGCUGUGGAGGAUGGUUGUGUUUUAUGGGAUCUUCUAUUGAUUCCAGUGUUGUAAUCAUGUGGACUUCUUGCAUUUACCAAAAGGUGACACAAGUUGUGAUUUACUCAAAUUGGUUUGAUUUUAUUAAAUUGAUUUAUUUAUUACAGUGGUAAACUAUAUAUUUUUAUAACACUGGAUGUUUUCCUUCUCAGAUUUACAAAUAUUAUGGGACCCCUAUUUGUUUAUAAAACAAAAUACCUGUAAUCAAGUCCAAGGACAGAUUCCUGACUGCACCAGAUCCACCCACAGUGACAUCAUCAAGCAUGAUGAUCUCAGUCCAAUCCAAUGCUUUCAUAUAGGAAUACAUUAUGAGGCUAAUGUGCAUGCCAUGCGCCAUUAAAGUGGUCUCUGUGAGACUGUAUGAUUGAAGUGGCAGAGUGUUACUCUGUUUUGCUGGAAACACCUCUAGUGGCUGGCUACGUGACAGCCACUCGAGGCAUUUAAACCCUGCAAUAAAAACAUUGCUGCUCUGCUGGACAGCAGUGUUUUCAGUUGCAGGGUGAAAACGAUGAGACAUGACACCCAUACCACUUCAUUCAGAGGAAGUAAUCUGGGUGCCUAGCUGUAGUGUCACCUCACUGUUCAGAUUCAACCCAAUAAAGUUUAAAGUUUUUUUUCCAUUGCCAAAAUUUACUUGGUGCAGCCGCCUGUGCCUCCUAAUUAAUGAGAAAUGGGCCACAUGUACCUCCAAAUAUGUGUUCUUCAAAUCCAGACAUGUGAACUAGAUGUCCUUUUGAAGUAGGUCUCUUCAAAUAUGGAUACCCUCCAUCUUGAAGUGGCCUGUACACCAUAUAGUAAUUGAGAUGAUGCAGAUUGACUGACUGGUUAAAAAACAAACUUCAAAACUAGGAAAAUGUUGCUGAAAAAAAAACGUAGUUUUCUAAAUGGACAGCUCCCUUGGCAAACUAUGCCUGCUUCCUCAUAUCCAUCGAGGGUUUUGUGAAAAAAAACCACGAGAGGCCAGGGUGACGCGUUUUGAGUUGGUUUUGAAUGGAAUAGAUUAUGUAACCUUGGACAGUCUGCAAAACAUAGGCAUCCAGCAUCAUAGUCAUCUAUUGGUAUAGGAAAACAGAAAGUCUGUCAGGGUGAGAGAGUGGGAAGAAGCGGGCUCUCCCUCUGCCUCUUGAGCUCCUGCCAUGAUUCUUUUUUAUUUUGGGGAAGAGAAGUUAUCGAUGAGCCAGGAAAGAAGGAUGUUGCUUGUUCAAUUCAUGGUCCUGUGAUGUCCAGAAGCUUGUUUUGUGCCAUAUAUACACCCUUCUCGAUUCCCUUCUAGGGAUUGGGACCACUCUGAGACAUAAUUAUGACUACCCCAGAGUCAAACACUGCUGUCAUGGCCAUAUUAUCUGAAAGGACAGGCAUUGAACAUUCCACUUUGAGGCGAUUGCAUACCUUUCCUCGAAGGGCUUUCGUAACCAGUAGUGAAUGUAACAGGCUAAAUGAUACGGAAGUGCCUAUUAAGAUGAAUGAGGGUAUCGGAUAUUCCCUAGAUCAUAUAGGACUCGUCCUCUUGCGUACAAGAAAACCUUGAGGGGAAUGGGCUCACCAAUGAGGUCUGUUAAAACAGAGUAACCAAUGAAUCCCCUGUGACAGUAUAAAUGGAGACUCACCCCAGGGCAUCUGGUACUGUCAGUACAGUCCAGAGCAAAAUCAGAACAUUUAACCAGUGACAGGUGGUUUAUGUCAAUGAGUGAGGCACACAGUGGCACAAUCAAAGCAAUAAUAAACAUAUCAAUGAUAUGUACUUGUAUAAGAGACAAAGGAAAGCUGAGGAAGCAAAAGGGGGACAGAAGAACUCCCACUUGCUGCUGAUAUAAAAUCGUGGUUGGUCCUGUAGGCAAGAUGGCCGCCUCUCACAUACGGGUCCGAGGGAGAUGGCCUCACUAUGCCCCUGGAAGUGCCAUCGGGCCCCAGAUAGCCACGCUGAAGCUAAAAGGGGUGGUGGCAACUGGGAAAAAUGGUGCUGCUAAUGAGAAAAAGGAAUGGAGUCACACUGUGUUGGAGUGAAGGGGCAGAAGGGGAGAGCACACUAAAGUAGGGAAACUAAGUGAUAAACACAAUUACAAUAAAUAAAGGAGUGUAAUAAAUAACAAGUUGGGCAAAUAAGUAGUACAGUGUGAGCUACAGGAACCCAAAACUCUGGCCUGUGCUGGUGCAGGAGCAGCAAAGAAAGUGAAAGUGCUUAUAUGACCAUGUCCUUAUAUUACCUUCUACUUCUGUUCUGAUUGGUUUAUAGUUUCUCUUGUUAAUUUGUGCUGCUGUUGGAGUUGGUAAAUGACGUUUAAAGCAAUAUACAAAGCCUACUGUCAUGUGCUGAAAUAUUUUUUUCCAUUUUAGAUGUAUUGCAAGUGUUGGCAAAGUAGGUAUUAAUCAGUUGCCAUAAUCUAAUUUAGACAUAUUUGUCCUGUGAUCAUAUAACAUGGAUUUAUUUCAGUAAAUGCCUUAUGGUAAAUGCAUCUUGUAAAUAGGGAGCAAUGGUAUAAGCCAGUAUUGUUAUAAUAACAAGUCCAUCAGAGAAUUAUAUUGGAGGAAGAUGAUUUGUUAUAGGCAUCAUGUCUCACACAUUCCUUUUGUUUUGUAUUGUACAGUGCUCCCCUGUAUUGCUUCUGCCAAACGUUGCCAUGCCAGAACACCAUGAUACCAGUUUACCUCCGGAGGAGAGGAUCCGGGCUCUAAUUGCAUUAGGGACCUCUGUCGAAGUGAACGAUGACAUCCCUCCAAGGCGCUAUUACCGAUCUGGUGUGGAAUUGAUACGCAUGGCUAAUGUGUAUGCCAGCGAGGGAAACACUGAACAUGCAUUUGUUUUAUACAACAAGUAUAUCACGUAAGCACCUUUUGUCAAUAUCUGUCUUCUUAUUAGCUCUUUCAUACUCCCAAAAUGAACCUAUACUAGCAUCCUGAACAUAUACAACUACUAAUUGCUGAGCAAAUAAACUUGCUUUUUUUUUUUUCUUCUUCUCUUAAAUAAACAAGAGACUUCCAUGACCAGUUCUUAUUAAAAGGGAAAUGUUUGUGUAAUAUAGUAUACAAAAAUACACCUCCUGUUUAAAAUUCUUAUUUUCCCUAUAAAAAUGUUGCUAAAACCCCAGUAAAGACAUAUUAAUGUGAUGCCACUUCAUGAUUUUUAAUUAAAGGAACACACUAAGGUUAAUAUCAAAUAUAUAUUUUUUCUUCAAUCCAUUUUAUUUAUUGAGAUGAUAUCAUAUAAAAUACGACAGAAAGUACCAGCAUGUGACAAAAUAUUUAGGCGAGUAAUCGACAUUAUGGGUCAAAUGGCUUAGAUAGUGCCAGACAAGUUGAAUGGUAGAAAGGAGAUGGAAUUGUUGGCGCUUGUAUUCUGUAUAUGUGGCAGCUAGGGCUUCCCAAACCAGACUCUCUUCUUUCUGGUGGUGUAGUGAAUGUGCAGAUUGCUUCCCUGCACCCCUCUCUACACAUUCGCUGCUUCCCUGCACCCCUCUCAGCACAAAAGUUAAAUGGUAUCUGCAUCAAAACCACUUAAUUAAGAUGAAGUGGUUUUGUUCCUUUGAGUGUUCCUUUAAAGGAAGACUGAAGGCACCAUAACCACAGCAACUGACUGAAGUGGAUAUGGUGCCUGGAAAACAUGGGCACCAGGUCCUGCAUCAGUGCUAAAUGGUUUACUAAACCUAGGAGCCUGAAGCCCGGCCUCCCAUGAUGAUAUGGCAGAGUUGGAGCUGUGCCCUGCUUCACACCAUACCAGAGGUGGCGGGCAGAUAUUGGCUAGAUCACUGGCCACAGUCUCUGGUAUGGAUUGGUAUGGCACAAGGCAGAAUCAUAGCUCUGCCUCUGUCGUAUCAUUAUUGGAGGCCAGGCUGCAAGCUUCCAGGGACAGAGAAUCUCUACUAAAUGGAGGGAAAACUGUUAUUUAGUGAUAUGGGAUCCAGCACCCAUGGACUCCAGGCACAACAACUAAUCAGUUGAAGUGAUUAUGGUGCCUACAGUGGUACUUUAAUUCUUUCUCAUUUGAUGUGCUGAUCACUAAUCAUGACUUUGCGUAAGCCAUCUCUUUCUGCCUCAUUUGCUUUGUCUUGGUGCUUCUUCCCUCUCCUCCAUAUCCAUCUCAGAAUGCUUCAGCUCUUCAUCUUUUCGUUAUUAGUUUCUCUUCUUCCACUUCUACUUUUUCACUUCAUGCAUUGCUUCAGAGGAGCUGACGCAAUGGUUGGAGAAUCAUUCAUUCAAGCUGAUUGGAUCUCAACUAGCUUUGAGGAAGAGAAGCUGGCUGAGAUUUUCAGAUGAAGUGAAGGACUAGUAGCUGAGAAUCUGAUAGUCCGAAUACGAAGAGGACAGGUAAAUUAAAAAAUAAAAUUUCAAAUAAAAAAUGCAAGAAAUUAUUAAACUGCUAUUAAAAAUGAGACCCAUAAAACUGAAUCCAUUCUCAGUAAAAAUGAAGUUACAACUUUGGCAAUUUAAAUGAUUUUCUGUUUCUUCUUUUUGACCCUCCUUUGUAAAUACUUCAAUACUACCUUGAUUAGGUAAUUGCUAUGUAAACCGUUUUCAUUUAAAGUGCACACUGAUUUAGAAGUUUAAUAGAAACAUAGAAACAUAGAAUGUGACGGUAGAUAAGAACCAUUCGGCCCAUCUAGUCUGCCCAAUUUUCUAAAUACUUUCAUUAGUCCCUAGUCUUAUCUUAUAGUUAGGAUAGCCUUAUGCCUAUCCCACGCAUGCUUAAACUCCUUUACUGUGUUAACCUCUACCACUUCAGCUGGAAGGCUAUUCCAUGCAUCCACUACCCUCUCAGUAAAGUAAUACUUCCUGAUAUUAUUUUUAAACCUUUGUCCCUCUAAUUUAAGAGUAUGUCCUCUUGUUGUGGUUGUUUUUCUUUUUUUUAAACAUACUCUCCUCCUUUACUGUGUUGAUUCCCUUUAUAUAUUUAAAUGUUUCUAUCAUAUCCCCCCUGUCUCGUCUUUCCUCCAAAUAAUUAAUUAAUUAUUAGUUUGAUUUGUUAAUAGAGCAACAUCUUAUCACAAGUUAUCCUUUCAGAGUUGGAUACCUGAUGCACAUCAUUUGGAUGAGAUGUGAUUGUGUGUGUCUUACUUUGUGCUUACUCUUCAUAAAAAAAAAAAAAAAAAAAAAAAACAUUAUGCAUGUUAAUACACUUUGGACAUAGGUGGGGCUGAAGGUUUCACUUCCCUGAAGCGUUUCUUCAUAAUAAGUUCACUGAAUAUGUGUUAGAGAGUGAUGUAGCAGCAUUGAUAUAUCUCCCAGCAGUCCUACAUCUUUCAGGGGAGUCCUUGGUUUGGGACCCAUGUUAUGUGUCCCAGGUGUUUUCCCUGCGUCCUGCUUAUGGGAACAUGUUAAUAAAUGCAGGAUCAAUCUCUCACUUGUAUUGCAUCAUUGACACACCCUUUCUCUGACCCUGUCCCCUCCAUUCCUAAUCACCAGGAAGUUUAUCUGUGAGGCAGUAGGUGCACGUGACUUUGCACAAUUUGUUGAAAUGUACCAUGUUAGCCUGUGGCAUCACACUGACAGCAAUGACUCAGAUGUUCAUUGUAAUAAUAUUAUAGACACUGUGUGACUAUAAUUUGCUAAAUUAAAGGGACACUACAGUCACCAGAACAACUACAGCUUAUUGAAUUUGUUCUGGUGAGUAGAAUCAUUACCUUCAGGCUUUUUGCUGUAAACACUGUCUUUUCAGAGACAUUACAGCCUAGUGAUAACUUUACUGGCCACUCCUCAGAUGGCUGCUAGAGGUGCUUCCUGGGGCAGUUCCGUGUCUACAAGCUGCAAACAAAAGUCACUUUAUUUUACUUAUUUACAUGUUUAAUGGUGCCAGCGAGCGUCAUGCUUAUUUCAGUUUCCCACUAGAUUUAAAGGUAACUAAACCGUUUUAAUUGAGCAGUUAGCCUGGCUAACUGUUUGGAAUACUGGCAGCUGAAUAUCACCUCUUUGAGAGAUUUGUCCGUAGCUGGCUGAGAGAAGCACAAGUUGAGCUAUCCCUUUAAGAGCAAACCAGCCCUGAUAUCCUUCCCGUACAAUGUUAGUCAGCGCUGCUGGGAAGGUGAAGAAUGUCACAGAGAACGUUAUUGAUGGCAUAGGCCGAUAUACAGAAAGGUGCUGUAUUUCACUGGUAAAUCCCUUUAUCUUGUCGUACAACUUCCUGCAGGGUCUUAGAAAGACCAGUUUAAUUGUAAAAAAAAUUUAACAGUAAACUUUUCUUAAUUUGUAUAUGUUAGGCAAUAUUCCACGCUUUCUCUGUUUCUGUAUUUGCUGUCUCUUUGACAAGUAGGUAUGCUUUAAAAAUAGUCAUUCAAAGUGUGUAUCUAUCUCUCUCUCUCUCUCUCUCUCUCUCUCUCUCUGGGUGGCAGCAAUAACUAUAGUACCCUUCAGCCCCAAUACAUAGAAUUAGGGCCCUCAACCCUUCUGUUCCUGUAUGUCCAACUUGUCUGGUUACAACUACAUGUUUGUUAGUCCACCCAUUGUACAGCGCUACGGAAUUUGUUGGUGCUUUAUAAAUAUUAAUAAUAGUAAUAAUAGUAAUACUUUAAAAAGUGACUUUCUUUCCUGGACUGGAGUCUCUUGGUGUUGUUUUACUUUAAGGUGUUAAGCUGUGAUCAAAUGAUCUAACACCUGCAAUGCUUUUUUUUUUUUUUUGCCACCUUAUCUUCUCAACCAACAUACUGGGCAUAGGUGGGAAUCACUGAGAAGCAUUAGUCAGUGAUGAUUGGCUGAGUGUGUCAGCUGAUGCUGUCAGCCUAUCGCUGGCUGCCUAUGCAAGCUCAGUAUGCGGGCAGUGGCCAAACAGAGAAGUGACUGGACAGCAAGGAUGAGUGCCCAAGGGUCAUCGUAGGUGUUGAACACCUUAAAGGACCACUCUAGGCACCCAGACCACUUCAGCUUAAUGAAGUGGUCUGGGUGCCAAGUCCAGCUAGGAUUAACCCUUUCUUUUAUAAACAUAGCAGUUUCAGAGAAUGUUUCAGAGAAGCUAUGUUUGUGAAUGGGUUAAGCCUUCCCCUAUUUCCUCUACUGGCUAUCUCAUUGACAGCCGCUAGAGGCGCUUGCGUGCUUCUCACUGUGAUUUUCACAGUGAGAGCACGCCAGCGUCCAUAGGAAAGCAUUGUGAAUGCUUUCCUAUGCGACCGGCUGAAUGCGCGCGCAGCUAGCCGACAGGGAGGAUCGGAGGAGGAGAGCUCCCCUCCCAGCGCUGGAAAAAGGUAAGUUUUUACCCCUUUCCCCCUUCCAGAGCCAGGCGGGUGGGGGCACCCACAGGGCACUGUAGUGCCAGGAAAACGAGUAUGUUUUCCUGGCACUAUAGUGGUCCUUUAAGGUAUAACAGCAGCCUGUGACUCCAGCACUGAAAAUAACAACUGAGAAAAGAGUAAUUAGUCACAGAUGUGCAAAAAACUGAUUGGAAUAUAUAGUCUGAUAAAUCUUACCUACUAUCAAAGAUAUUUAUUUAGGUUUCAGGUAGGGAUUAUAUCUGUAGCCUUUACUCUAUUCAGUUCAGUAGAAACAUUCUUCUUUCUUUUAUGUGUGUGUGUAUGUGUAUGUAUGUGUGUGUGUGUGUAUGUAUGUGUGUGUAUAUAUAUAUAUAUAAUAUAAAUUUUAGUUAUUUAUUUAUAACAUAUAUAUUCCUCAUAUUGGGUCUUCUACCAGAGGCCUGGGAGUCUGAGGGUUCUGCGCAGUAUCUUAGCUAUUCCUAGAUCUACACUCUAAUGGACAGCGAUCUCAGAUAUCCCAUCUGUAAUCUGUUAAAGCCACUCCCCCAACCUGGGAGUCACAGCCCCAAGUGUUCCUAUCACAACUGGGACUACUACUGCCUUCACUUUCCACAUCCUUUCUAGCUCUUGUUUCAGUCCUUGGUAUUUAUCCAUCUUCUCAUGAUCCUUCUUCCUGAUGUUAUAGUCACUGGGUAUUGCCACAUCCACCACGACUGCAGUCUUUCGUUCCUCGUCUACCACCACAAUGUCUGGUUGGUUGGCCAGCACUUGCUUGUCUGUCUGGAUCUUGAAGUCCCACUAUAUAUAUAUAAUAUAUAUAUAUGUGUGUAUAUAUAAUAUAAUAAUUAUACAAUGUCACUUUUCAAAUUCUGACGUUUAAUUCUGUUAUCUGGAUUUGAAAAUGAAAUCUCAAAUAUGAAAUCGAAAUCGAAGAUUUUCGGCUUUGAUUUGAAGUUAUCUGAAAAUAAACUGAUAGGAAUUGCAGCACUUUUAUACUUCAUCAGCUUAGGUUAAAGACUGCGAUUAACUUGGCAUGUUAAAGGGACACUGUAGGCACCCAGACCACUUCAGCCUAUUGAAGUGGUCUGGGUGCCAACUCCCAUCACCCUUAACCCCGAGCAUGUAAUUUAUUGCAGUUUUUAUAAACUGCAAUAAUUACCUGCUAGGGCUAACUUCUCCCCUAGUGGCUAGGAGGGACUUCUGUGUCAUAAACGACAACUUCCGUGUUGUCUAAACGACGCUGGACGUCCUCACUCUAUGCAUGAGGAGAUAAUUUGAGCGCGGCCAUUGCGUGGGCAGAGCUGAGCCAGCACUGAUGGACAUUGGCGCUGGACCCAGGUAAGUGACAGGAGUUAUUAAUCCCUUCUCUACCACGGGGUGGGCCUUGACAGCACGGGAAACAAUAGUGCCAGGAAAACUAGUUUGUUUUCCUGGUACUAUAGUUCCCCUUUAACAUAAUGUUACGUUUAUCAUAUUUAGUAGUUUAUCAAAUCAUUUAUGAUUGAGGCGAGAUUCAUUUUUUCAUUUCUUAGUAAUGUUCUGCCUGGCUUAUUGUUCUGCCACAUUUAGUUCAUUUUUGUUUAUUGUUUUAAUAAUUUUUUAUUUUUAUAUAAAUAUGUAAUCUGUACUUUAAAAUAUAAUGCUUUAGAACAAUUAUUAAGAAAAACAGAUUUCUUCAUGGUUGUCCUUAUCAUUCUUAGUCUAAUAUACUGUCUUGCCCUUACCAUUGUAAUGUAUGGUUCAUAUGAAGUAUCACCAUUAAAUGCUUCUCUUUCUUGUCAGAUUGUUUGUAGAGAAGCUACCAAAGCACCGGGAUUAUAAUACAGCUAAUGUUUUAGAAAGGAAAGACACUCGAAAGGUGAGUAGACAGAGCUGGGUAAAAACAGAUUGUGUCUGCCCGUAUUCACUAUGGAUUGUCUGAAUUCUCACUAUUUUCUUAGAAACUUAGGGAAGUGGCAUUUCCCAAAGCAGAGCUCCUGAAGAAAGAACUGCAAAAGAAGUACGGUAAAGAAUAUGCAGAAUAUGCUGAGAAAAAGGUGAGCUGUAGGUUGGCCUGCCAAGAAUAUUUUCAGAAGACAAUUGAAUUCUGGUACCUUUUUGACACUUUUUCUUUUUUUUUUUCUGCUGGCAGAGGGUUGAAGAGGAGGAAUGUGCCCGUCGCCUGGCUCUACAGCAACAGCUCGAAGCAGAGAAGCAGCGGGUGGCCCUCAUGAGACAGCAGCAGCAACAGCAGGAGCAGUUAAAUGCCUUUGAAGAAUUGAUCCGUAGGAAAGAGCUGGAGGCAGAGCGACUACGAGUCCUUCACCAGUUUUCAAAGGGCAGCUCCAACCUCUCAGAGGGUCCCCUUAUUCCAGGAGUCAAUGAGCCUCCCGUGACACCUAUGCUCCCCACAAAUGACAUUGUUCUUCCUAGACCACCUGUUGUUGACAGAAGUCUGAAGCCAGCUUCUAUAGGCUACAAUGAGGGAUGUAAGUAGUUGGUAAUCUGUCCGUUUUAACACCAAGAGAAUAUCAGUAACCUAGAUUAACUUCAGUCCACAUUCAACAUUUACUUAUAUUUUAAUUUCAAAAAGAAAAGUACAUUUGUAGUGAAGCUUGUCCAGUGCUCAUUUAAAGAGUAACUAUUUCAGUAUGUCUCUAAAACUGCAACUAAUUUUGCAUCAGUAGAUUCCCCAGCACUGUACUGCCUUACAGAUAAGUUGACGUUUAAAAGGCAUUACAAACAAUUUAAGAUAAUCUACACAUCGCUACAUAGCCAGCAGUCUGAUUUAGGAGGAUGUGUAGAGUGAAGUGGUAUUUAAUUAUCCUUGUUUAUUUAUUAAUUAGCAGAUACUACAUUGUUGGUAAAUGGAUGGUCACGUUCUUGAACACUACAGCGUUAGGAGAUUUUAGUGGGCUGCAGGACACGAUGGAUCAGCUUUACAUCAGUUAUAUUCUACUAAUGCUGCACAGAGUAAAGCUUUUAUUGCAGCAACGCUGGUAACUAAAGCAGAAGUACAAAAUCUUCUAAAGAAAAAAGUUAUUGAAAAAGUUCUUCCUGCAGAAUACUUUUCAGGAACCUACUCAAUGCUCUUUUUGGUUCAAAAGCCUAUCCCAGACCUUAAAGAAGUAAACCGGUUCAUCACGAAGAUAAAAUUCUGCAUUUGGAGACUAUGCAAUCAGCCACUCACAUGAUUUAAAGGAACACUAUAGCGUUAGGAAUACAAAUAUGUAUUCCGAACGCUAUAGUGCCCUAGUCACCGUUUAGGUGACUUGGGCCCCAUUCCGCGGCGAAUAACUGGUUAACCAUUUAUUUGCUUACCUUACUCCAGCGCCAGACUCCCUCGGCACUGGUGACCUCUCCUCCAUCGACGUCAGCCUCUGAGUGGAGCCAAAUGCGCAUUCAAACCCGCCUAUAGGAAAGCAUUACUCAGUGUUUUCCUAUGGGGAUCUUUUUUGACACUGGACUCCAUGAGGACGUUCAGAUGCGCCCUCUAGUAGCUGUUAGAGAGACAGACACUAGAGGUUGGAUUAAAAAUGCAGUGUAAACAUAGCAGUUUCCCUGAAACUGCUAUGUUUUCAGCUGCAGGGUUUAAACUAGGGGGACCUGGCACCCAGACCACUUCAUUGAGCUGACGUGGUCUGGGUUCCUAUAGUGGUCCUUUAAACCCUUAAGGACCAAACGUCUGGAAUAAAAGGGAAUCAUGACAUGUCACACAUGUCAUGUGUCCUUAAGGGGUUAAGAAGGAGAUUGGGCCACAAGGAUUCCUACCUGCACAUUCUCAUUGCAGAAAGAAGCAAGAUGUUUCUCAGGUUCUUCAUUCCAGGAAAGGUUGAACUCCUGCAUCAUCAAUUUAGGUCUCUCCUCAGGUAGUCAUCACAGCUGCAUUAAGGAAAGAAAGUCUCAGUAUUGUUAUUGUUAAUUAUGUAUAUAAUUUUUUUGACUACUUUUUGACCUUAUUUUCCUCUGUUGUACAGUGCUUGGUUACACUUUGUUCCAUGCUUAGACAAUUCACUUCUCACAGCUUCCUCAAAAGAACAACAACUAAAGGAUAUAGAAACAGCCUCUAUUUGCCUAAAAUCAGACAAAUACAUUUUAAACCAAUAAAAAUCAGAGCUGGUUCCAAACAGAAGUAUUCAGUUUUUAUGUUUAGUCAUAGACUCAAUUCGUUUGAAACUCUAUCUACCAUCAGACAAAAAGGCAAAUAUUGUCAUAUUAAUUACAGCUCUAGAUCAAAAUAUCUGCACUGUGAGCUAAGUAAUGAGGCUAUUGAGUCUCAUUACCUCUACUAUUCUGACUGUUAACUGGGAAAAUAUAUAGUAAUAUUCUUGCAGAAUGGAACGGAGAAACCCGCUGAUGAAAAUUGGACCCUGAACGAUAACAUUGGUGGAAGACUUCCUGGUUGAAAAUCAUCAAAUCACAAGGAAGUUGAGGCACCUUAGUUGGCCCUCCUGAGUUUCAGAAAACUUCUCCAAGGACAUCACUUCAAGUGACAUCGGACAAUGCUACCAAAGUUACAUUUCUAAACGGGUAAGGAGGAACUAGUUUAUCAAGGUGAUGCAUUGGUCAGAAAGUCACCUUAUUCAUCUACUUGCAGACCAUAUCAUAGAAGAGACAAAUAUUCUGGCGGAUGCGCUAAGUAGGUACCAGUUAAAGCAGGAAGAUUGGUCUUUUUUCCAUCUGACUUUUCAGGAGAUAGUUUUGGAAAUUUGGACCUACAGAAAUAGACCUUAUGGCCUCAAGAAAGAAUAGAAAAAUCUGGAAAUUUUCUUCAAUCAGCUAUUCCAACUAUCCAAACUUUCAUCUGGCUUACAUCUUCCUUCCAGUUAUUUUAAUUCCAAGAGAUUUGCAGAAAGUUAUUCUGAACUAUGCAAGAAUUAUAGCGAUUCUUCCAUUUUGGACUUUCAGGAGCUGGUUCUCACUCCUUUUGAAUCUCUCGAAAACACAUUUUAUGGUAUCUUCCACUUUCAGAAAACAUUUUGAUACGCAAUUUGUUCCCGCUAAGUACUCUGAAGAGAUUCAAUCUCACAGUGUAGUAUCUAAACAGCAGAUACUGAGCUCCAAAGGCUUAAGCCCCGAAGUUAUUGAUAUCCUGGUCUCUUCCAAGAAAGAAUCGACGCAUAUUCCAGAAUUUUGAAAAACUUUCCUUUCUGGUGCUUGAAAUUUAUGAAACUCCUUUAACAGCUUUGAUCUUGAGUAUUCUAAGGUUCCUUCAAUUCGGUUUUGCUCAGUGAUUAUGUCUAGCCUCUCGGAAAGUCUGAAAUUCUACUAUUUUUAUGCCAUCAGGGACAUGGCGUAGGAUCCUCUGAGUUCCAGAUUUUUCAGGGCAGUCUCUAUACUUUUCCCACUAUCAGAGAAAUGGUACCUCCGUAGGAUCUUAAUUUGCUCCUUUCCGCGCUCUGUGAAUCUCCUUUUGAACCUGUAAAGGAUUGCAGACUUACCAUCCUUAUAUGGAAGAUAUUUUCUUGUAGACAGCAGUUACAUCAGUUAAUUGGUUUAGGGAACUACAAGCAUUGGCUGUUACUCCUCCUUAUCUUGUUCUUCAUCUGGAUAUGGUAAUUUUGAAACUUUACCCUUUAUUUCUGCCUAAUAUCUCUUCGGUGGAGAAUAUUAAUCAGAAUUGUCUUUAUUGUUAGAAAUCUCAACUUGAAAGUAAAUUCCAUGGAUGUUAAGCGCACUCCACAAUACUAUAUGGAGAAAAGAAGACCUUUUAGGCAUUCCAACAAGUUUAUUUUCUCUAUCAAGGCCAGACGAAAGGUCUCAUGGCACACAAAGGAUCUUUAGCUAGAUGGAUUAAAGGAGCUAUUACGCCUGCUUAACAGUCCUCUUUGGUUAUAACGUCUUGUUCUUUAAAAGCUCAUUCCACCAGAGCAAUUUCUAUAAUUUAGGUGUCAAAGGCAUUUGCGACUCCGACUCAGAUUUGUAAGGCCGUCCCGCCACCGGGAAAUGGUGUAUGGAGGACCAGAAGCAUUAUAAAUUCGACAUACAGGCCUCUCAGGAUACUGUUUUUGGGCUACAAACAGUGAUAAAAUGUCUGCCCAUCCUCUGGGAUUGCUUGUUAAUCCCUGUUGUUGUGCACUGCCUCUAAUCUUACCGUACAUUUCUUUUUCCUUAGGAUUAGAGGCAGUGAACAUAUUUCCCCCUCUAUUUAAUAAAUAUAUUUUUGCAGUUAAUUGACAUGUGUAUCUUCUAGGGUUUGUGUGUAAGUGUGGAAUGGAGUAUUAGGAGGGGCUUGACCUUUAAAUCUAUGUAGUUUUGCCUCCCUGCUUUUCCUGUCAAGAGAUGGUGGGUAUUCCUGUUGUUGUGCACUGCCUCUAAUCCUAAGGAAAAAUACAUUUACGGUAAGUAGAAUUUGGUCUUUCCAAAUGAUGCAAUAUUGUUACAAAAAACUUCCAAAUAACUGAUCUACAGAAAUUUCCAAUAGACUUUAAUGGGGACUUCUAUAUAUAAAUUACUAAUCUGUGCUAAAAAAUUGUGUUGAGGCCAGAUUGUGAAUUGACGUGUAAUGAUAAACUGUCAUGUCUUGUUUUUCAUAGAUGUGUCCACCAGUGGGCUGCGUCAUGUGAGAAUUCCCAGCCUUGUGUGCAUCAAGUUUUUGCAGCUAGCAGAAAGUAACACACAGAGAGGAGUCGAGACUUGCGGAAUCUUGUGUGGGAAGCUGGUAGGAAUGUGAGAAUAUUGAUCUGAACCUUGUGAGAUUGGCUUUUAUACCUUAAUCCAGGAUUGUAAAAGUCAAGUUAUCUAGUGCCACUUGCUACAACAUCUCCUUACAUAAGGGCUGCUAAUCUGUACUCUGCAACACCCACACACUCACAUAUGCACACUUCAAGACACACACUUACAGAUCUGCAACAACAGAUGCACACACUUACGUACAUACUCCAAGAUGUGCACAAACUCACUGAUGUGCACACACAGGCACUGCUGGAAUACAACCCUGAUGUGACCGAGCUUCAUCUGAAAGGGCAGGGUGCUUCUGACGGGAACCUCCAUUGAGGAUAUGUCUCACAGUGUAGACAGCAGGAUUAUGACAUUUUUUCAGAUUCCUGCCCCUUCACACACAAUCCACAGCACUGUGUGCUGAAUCCUUCGUAUCCUGUCAGGAGAAAGUGAUCUCCCUCUCAGGAUGCCACUCUGACAGUACAUUUGUGGGAAAGCAGCCAGCAGCUCAAUUGUCAGGUGUCUUGUGUCCGAUUGGAAAGCCUGGUAACUGAGGUGCUAGCAACUUCUCCAUAACACUGCAGACUGCCUGAAGGCAGUUAGGGAGCUACAAAGGGCUCAUAGGCCUGUGGUUUGAGCCCCAUGUGUUAGUCAUACCUAACCUAAAUAAGCUUUCACAUAAUUACUUCACCUCAGACGCUCAAAUUUUUUUUCAUUCCUUGCUACCCAUUCUUUGGCCAAAACAGCUCUAUAGCCUGUAUCCUUCUCACAUUAUCUCUACAUGUUUCUUAUCUUUGGUCCAACUCAUGCUUCACUUGCAAUUCUUUCUUACUAAGCUACGAAGCAAAGCACAAUAACAAUUAGUUUCUUUAUAUAGGUUGAGGUGGAAAGAGGUCUCCUGUCAUUUUUUUCACCAACAUUUAGUGCCAUAGGACUGCAAAAAGUCUAUCGCUUCACUCAAAUAUGCUACUGGGAGUAGCUUUGGCUCUCUCUGCCCAUACAAGUACUGUACUAUCCUUAGAGGCUGCACAUCAAGGAUAUCUGGGAGUUGUAGUUGGCUACUGUGCCCAUAAAGCUCUUAAACUGCAGGAAUUUUUCAGAUAAACUCAGCACCGCCAUCGAAAGUUGUGGGAAUGCCAUGACUGUCAAUGACUGGUCUAAGCAGAGCUCACUGCAGAAAAAUGCUUUGGAGUUUACAGCAAAUAUGCAAACUUAUUUUAUUGCUAUUUGUAAUAUAUUGAUUUGCACAUAUCUUUUAAUGCGUUGUCUACUUAAUGUAUUAUUUUUUUUAGUAUCAAUCCUUUUUGAUUAUUUCACAGCUAUUGAUAAGGUUCCCCAACACUGUAGGACCAUCUGAUCCGUAUACCUUGCUGCACAAUAUAUCUGCUUGAUCAUACUGGCUGAGGGUAGUGGUGUCCGUGUUGCUUCUUGUAGCAGCUCAGGAGUACAAAUACUCUGAUAAUUGCCCCAUCUAUAUAUCCACAGAUCUGUAUCUCCAUGUGGAAUGCUGCAGUGUGGGAAGGGUAGAUCUAUAACCCAUGUAAAUAUUCAAUGGCCCAUGUAAUCCUCCUGUAAUUUUCGUUCUUUAAUACUUCAUCUAUAUCCUUCUUCCCAUCCGUCACUUUCUCUUUCUAGAUGAAGAAUGAAUUUACCAUUACACAUGUCAUUGUGCCUAAGCAGACUGGUGGUCCUGAUUACUGCAACACUGAGAAUGAGGAAGAUAUAUUCCUGAUCCAAGACCAGCAUGGGCUCAUCACGCUUGGCUGGAUACAUGUAUGAACUUGGUGACACAAACUAGAAUAUCAGUUAUAUUGUAGAACUUAGUAUUCAGCUGUUCGCCUGUUAUCUCUGUGUUUAUAAAUUUAUAUAAACAGGGAUAGUGUUCUGUUUUUGUUGAGAAAAGAACUUGCAAAGAGUGUGAUGGGACUCCAGCAAUGCGUGUCUAUUAUUGUGGUUUAGAAGUUGGUAUCUUUUAUUAUUUGUAAAGUACAAGGGGACUUGAUUUAUAGUUACACGUGUUGUUAGUAUUGGUUUAAUUACAGAAUGGACUGACAUGCAAAUAGAAUUACAAUAAACGGAGAGCAGAGAGGCCAGGAUAGAUGUCAGUUUAAAGUGCAAUUUGUGGUUAUUCUAAUGCCGCCCUCUCUUCUUCUUACCUGCAGACCCAUCCCACCCAGACUGCUUUCCUCUCCAGUGUUGACCUGCACACCCACUGCUCAUACCAAAUGAUGCUUCCAGAGUCUAUUGCCAUUGUCUGCUCUCCAAAGUUUCAAGAGUCGGUAUUUCUUCUUUUUUUUCCUUCUAUAAUUCUUUAUUUUUGUAGUGCUUGUAGUAUACAAUACAUGUAGUUAGUCAGAUAAGGCAAUAAAAGCAGUAAUAACAAGAUCAGCAUUAUAAGACAGAUUUCUGGCACUCUUUUCUUACUGUCAAGAGGGAGCUGUCCUAAACAUCAUUGGUGGGGAUGAUACAGUGUAGGGUCAGUUUGGUAACUCAGGUUGCCUAGGGUACUUAAACUUUUAUGCGUUGAUAGGUAUCAGUAGGUGAAAGUAGUUAUGUCACGCAUUAUGCUGUAUAAAUAUGACAUGGUGGUUCAUGAUUCUCGUGAGCCUCUAGCUAGCCUGAUUUUACUGAGGCUGUGGCUUAUGUAUAUAUGCAAGUGGGGGAUGCUUUAAGCAGUGCACGUAUGGUUGGCCCAUAGCUAGAUUGGCAAAUAGCCAAAAAGAGGGCUCAUGCGAGGGGUUACCCUGGGGCUCGUGGGGGGGGCGGUACCGGUUAAUGCGUUAGCUCCCCCCCCCCCUUUUUCUUGCCUUUUAAUCAACUUUAUUCAAUACUUUGUUGUAUAAUGAUUUGUGGGCAGACUGAAAUAGAAGAACCAGUUGUUGUGUUUUUAAUAUAUAUAUAUUUCAUAAGGUUUGGCUGGCUGAGCGAGCGGGGUGGGGGUGGGUUUCCUUUUUGUGUGUGUUAUUUUUAGAUAAAUAUGAUACCUGAGCAAAUAUGUAUGGGGUGUACUAAGGCUUAUCUGCAACCCUUCGGAGCCUGUAAACUGUAAUCGCGUGGGGUGUUGAGGCAUGGGAAACAUAUGGUGUCUGGCUGAAUACAGUAUAAAAUAAAAAACAAUCCCUAUUCAAUGUAAUGCAAACAAUAAAAUAAGACAACUGGUUGAAUGUGAACCACUUCCUUGUGUUCUUAUUUCUUGCCACCAGGAUCCUUGGGCUAUUAGCAAAUCUAUACCGAGUGUUCAAGUCCCUGAGGCAGUGAGGGUAGCAGCACUUGGUACAAAUGGGGUGACAUUAGCAGGGUUUCAAGUCUCUGAUGGAGCUCGUGCUGGUGGGUUAGUAUCGGGUGCGGUGAGACCCAAUGCUGCAAGGAAUGCUUGUGUUUCAGUAGUGGACCGGAGCAUGUGUGUAGCUCCGUUGCAGUUGGCCAGUAGGGUGCCCUGGUUCCCCCCAAUGAUAAGUCCCACUAGAGGAUCGGAGGUGAGUAGUGACAGGGCUCAAGGUUCUGCACCAUUGUAAUGUUGCCCUGGAUAGGUCCUGGAAGAAGUUAAGUGAGGAGUCCUCAAAAGUCAACAGAGUGUUACCCCUUAAUGCUGCCAUGAUGCGGGCCUUAUCCGUUGUUGAGGUGCACUUGAUUAUGAUGUCUCUUGACUCCGCGGGAGAAGAUUUGGCAGUGUUAGCGAGAGAAGGCGAGAGAACACAGGUAAGCAGCCUCCUGAUGUAGUGUGGCAGCUCUUUGGAUCUUUCUAUUGUUGCCGAGCUGUUGGUCCUCGUCGGGCUGACAGGAGUUGAGAAAUGUUGUAAUGGUGUGUGUGGAGUUGCGGGAUCUCACUGUUCAGGUGAGUUUCUGUGGUUCCGACAUCCGUGAUAUCUUCUUGUACUGCCUUAAUACGUUCAGUGUUGGCCUGUAUCUCCAUUCGUAGGGGCACUAAGUCAGCUGCCAUCAUUUUGCGGAGAUAUGAGAGGAGAAUUUUGAGAUCCCGUUUGGUGGUUGUGGCAGAGCUGUCUGUAUGUUGCAGGCUUAAGGUAGGUUCAGUUUCAGGCGUAUUCAUUGCCUCUUGGUUCCCGUUUACUAACUUUAGAGUUGGUGCCACAGCUGUGUGUGAGGCCUCCACUGGUGUUGUUUUAGUUGGCGUGGGCCUCUGGAGCAUGGCCCCUAUGUCUCUGGUGGGUUUUUGUGUCCGGCGUCUCAUAGUCGAGGUGCCAGGUAGUGGAGUUGACUCUGGCUGUUCUGGCUUGCUUGGGCUGUGUGCCUCAAGGAAGUUGUCUAGGAGUGUCUCCAGGCCUCGAGGCGUCGGUAGCUGGUAGGCCCUAAUUUUACGCCUUUGCUUGUAUUGUCGUCGGCAGUACUGAAAAGGCAUCUAUCGAUGCGGGAAAUCGUCCAGAUACCGAUUCUUGGGUAGGUAGGGCUGGAUGGCAUUUUGGGGUGAAGAUAUAAAGCGAUUUUUGACAAGGCCUGCGAGGAGCUUUCAGAAAUGGUGUCUGUACAGGUUAAUGCGUUAGCACCCCCCUCCCCCCCCACCUUUUUUUUUUUUUUCUUGCCUUUUAAUCAACUUUAUUCAAUACUUUGUUGUAUAAUGAUUUGUGGGCAGACUGAAAUAGAAGAACCAGUUGUUGUGUUUUUAAUAUAUAUUAUAUAUAUAUAUAUAUAUAUAAUAUAUUCCAUAUUCCAUAAGGCUUGGCUGGCUGAGCGAGCGAGAUUGGGAAAGGUAAUCCACUGAUGACAGCCACAGUACUAGUUAUCAGUGAAUUAGGACAUUCUAUAAAGUAGCCUGCACUCAAUAAUAGACCCACAAUUAAGGUUGCAGAUUCUUGGGGUUCACUCACCUUUGGCCAUGAAUUAAUAAAAAGAAAAAUAAUAAAGAAACAUCUUGGUACUAGGACCUUUAUUCCAUCAGGAGUGUUUUAACAAAUACACUCGAUUCAUCAAGCUUUGACCAAGACAAACAUGAAUAACCUACUAGAUUCAAGUGACAAUUGCCAUAAAUUCCAACAUAAAUAUUGUGUUUGUAUCCUUUAUAUUAUUGCACAGAUUGCUGACACCUGUAUGUGGUAUUUCUUUAAAUCUGACUUGGAAUCAUUUUAUAGCAAUUGUAGGACAUUCAAAAUUACAAUCCGUGGUGAAAUUACUAAGUAUAAGGCAUAUUCAGUCAGAGUGGUGUAUUCUAUGAUUUGCAGAGAGUACUGACUUUUCAUUGAUUGUAUGCAUUUUAUUCUAGUAUGUUAUUCUCGACUGUGUGAAUUUCCAGUGAGUGAAAUCUGGAGAACAUUAAUAAACCUAACCAGCCCAUGCCAGAAUGUGAUGUACUGUAACUUUAAUUUUGCCCCCUAACAUAAAACUUUGUCAUUGUAGUAAAGUUAUAUUUACGCUGUGUUCUCAGAUUAGACCCCCUGCUGCUCAUUCUCUGCAUAGUAACAUGUCCUACAUUAAGGUAAAUAAUGCUUAUUUGGGCUCUCUCUUGCAGAACCGGAUUCUUCAAGCUGACAGAGUAUGGCAUGAAAGAGAUUGGCGACUGUCGGGAAAAAGGGUUUCAUCCACAUUGCAAAGAUCCUCCUCUUUUUUCAGUACGUGUGGGUUGGAAACAAACUUGAAAUAAUAUAUUAAAACAAGCAUGCUAUUAAAUACAUACUGGUACUAGAAAAAUGUAUGCAGUAGGGAAGACUGGGUGGAAGUACAUGGCAUAUAUACAUGUUGAGAAAGUAUAGAAUUCGCAAUGGAGUUUAGUCACUAUACAGUGAAUUGAAAAUUGAAUUGCAAAUUGUAGGAUAAAUAGCUGAUUUGGAAAAAUGUUCAAUAUCCACUAGUCAGAGCUUGGUGAUUUUAUCCAGAAUUGUGCAAUUUAAUUUUCAGUGCUCCACUGUUUAGUGAAUAAACCUUAAUUUGUUCUGGCAAUGUCCCUCAAAUUGGGAGAGCAGAAAUAAAUGUAUUUUUCCAAAGCAUGGUACAUAAUAUCUGAAUGGGGUUAAAAAAAAAAAAAAAGUUUUCCAAACAUGAUUUAGAGAUGAUGUGGUUUUUUAAUUUGUGAAUUAGUACACACAUUUGCGUUUUUACAGGGUUGUUAAACGAGAUGAAUACAAUAUACACUGAUCAGUCACAACAUUAAAACCACUGACAGGUGAAGUGAAUAACAUUGACUAUAUUGUUACAAUGGCACCUGUCAAGAUGAGGAAUAUAUUAGGCAGCAAGUGAACAGUCAUUUCUUGAAUUUCAUGUGUUCUAAGCAGGAAAAAUAGACAAACGAAAAGAACUGAAUGGCUUUGACAAGGGCCAAAUAGUGAUGGCUAGAUGACUUGGUCGGAGCAUCUCCAAAACGGCAAGUGUUGUGAGGUGUUCCCGGUAUGCAGUGGUUUUUAUCUACCAAAAGUGGUGUAAGGAGGCAUAACUAGUGAACCGGCAUCAAGGUCAUGGAUGCCCAAGGCUCACUGAUGCAUGUGGGUAGCGCCGCCAUCAGAAAUUGUGGGGCCCCUAACACAACUCAAGGUCUGGGCCCCCGUGUGCCCGGCUCCAUGCCCCGCCUCCAAAUCCCGCCCACAGGAAUACACCGAUACAGAUACACAUACACACACACACACUGUUGUACAUACAUACUGACAAACAGACAUACAUAAAAACUGACAUACAAACAGACAUACAUACACAUAAAUACAUAAUGGCAUACAGACAUAUAUACAUACUGACAUACACACACAUACAGAUAGACACAGACACAUACAUACAUACAUACUGACAUACACACAGACAUACAUACAUACUGACACACACAGACAUACAUACUUGCAGACACUUACACAUACAUACUGACAGACAGACAUAUAUACAUACUGACAUACACACAGACAUACAUGCAUACACACAUACAUACUGACAUACACACACAGACAUAUAUACAUACUGACAUACACACACACACACACACAGACAUACUUGCAGACACAUACACAGACAUAAAUACUGACAAACAGACGUACAUACAGACAUAUAUACAUACUGACACACACAGACAUACAUACACACAUGCAUACUGACAUACAUACACACAUACAUACUGACCUACACACACACAGACAUACAUACUGACAUACACACACAGACAUACAUACUGACAUACACACACAGACAUACAUAUUGACAUACACACACACACAUACAUACUGACAUACACACAUACUGACAUACACACACAGACAUACAUACUGACACACACACAGACAUACAUACAUACACACACACAUACAUACACACACACAGACAUACAUACAUACAUACACACACAGACAUACAUACAUACACACGCAGACGCAGACAUACACACACGCAGACAUACAUACACACAUACUUGCAGACACACACACACACCUCAUUUAUCAGCCACCCUCCUCUUACCUUUAAGUUGCAGGAGGGUGGCUGGGGAUGAUGGGAGUGGAUGCCUUUGGUGUCCCUGUCCUGUCCUCUCCUCCGCUCUCCCUCCGCGCGGAGUAAGCUGGGAGGAAGUGACCGGCCGUCACUUCCUCCCAGCAGCAUUUGCGGUGUAGCCGCAAUUUUUUUAAAAGGGGCCCGGUCACGCCUUUACCCGGCCGCAGCACUGACCGGGCCCCUGAAGUUAUAGGGCCCAUCGGGUGGCCCUAAAUGCUUGGGCCACCUGAUGGGCCCUGGUGCAGAUGCACCUGUGGAAGUUUCGCCGGGCCCGUGACAACCAUUAUGGUUGUCACCCCCUGAUGGCGGCCCUGCAUGUGGGGAGUCUGGUCUCAUCACACAGAAGAGCUCCUGUAGAUAAAAUUACUGAAAUAUUUAAUGAUGGCCAUAAUAGGAAGGUGUCAGAAUACACCGUGCAUCACAGUUUUCUGCGUAGCCACAUACUGGUUUGAAAAAGGUUGACCGGUCUGGUAAAUCCCGUUUUCUUUUAGACCGGAUGGAUGGCCAGGUACGUGUGCAUCAUUUACCUGUGAAAGUGAUGGCAGCAUGAUGCUCUAUGUGAAGAAGGCAGGCUGGAGAACGCAGUAUUAUGUUCUGAGCAAUGUACUGCUGGGCAACCAUGGGCCAUUGCUAUGUGGAUGUUACCUUGACAUGUAACACCUACCUAGAGAUUGUAGCAGAUUACGCACAUCCCUUUAAGGCAGUGGUGUUCACUGAUAGCAGUGCCAUCUUUCAGCAGGAUAAAGGACUCUACCAUACUACAAAAAUUGUUCAGAAAUUAUUUGAGAAACAUGACAAAGAGUUCAAGAUGUUUUCUUGGCCUAAAAAGUCCCCAUAUCUCAAUUAGAUUGCCGCACAUUCCAACUUGUAGGAUUUAAAGGAACUGCAGCAGAGCGGUUUUGGCAGCAUGAGGGGGACCUACAUAUUGGGCAGGUGAUUUUUAUGUUGUGGCUGAUUAGUGUUAUUUGCUCACUGUUCAUUUUAAGGCUGCAGUAAUUUAAUGGAUGGUCACAUAACAAAUCCUUACUGGAUUUAAAGGGACACAUAACUGCCUAAAUAUAUAUAUUAAAAAAAAAAAUUAAUUGGAGUUCUUUGCAGUUCUCUUGUCUACUGCCUUUGCAAGACUUAUCCUUGUAACCCUACCCAGACUUUCUAUGGCUUUCCAAUCACAAACUUCCCAAUGCAGCUCAAUGAGUGGUUUUUGCAAGCCCAACAGGAUACCGGGAAAUUUCCCGGUGGGCCAUCGGCACCUGGGGCCGGGCAGACAUCUGGGAGUGCUGGCGGCCGCAGGGGGAUCUGUGCUUUUUCUGCUCGGCUUCCCCGUCCUUGUGCGCUACUUAAUGAAACCGUCAUAUUCCAGCCCCAGUCUCAUUAAGCUGUGCGCUGGGGAACAGAGACAGAACAGCUCCCCCUGCAACCGCCAGCACACCCAGCUGUCUGCCCUGCACUACCCUCUGGCCGGUCAUCUACAGGAAGCAAUAAUGUGGGUCAGUGGGAGUGUAUGUGUCUGUCUGUGUCAUUUUGUGUCUGUCUGUGUCAUGGUAUAUGGGUGUUUUUUUUCCCCCCACACUGUGCUGGUCUCCCUUCGACUGGCACUGCCUCUGUGGCUGAGAUCAUCAAGCUUCAUGAUCUCAGCCAGUACAAUGCUUUGCCAUAGGAUUGGCUGCAAAACGCUACACCAAUCAUCAUCUCCUCAUUGAGAUGCAUUGAAUCAAUGUAUCUCUAUGGGGAACAUUCAGUGCCUCCAGAGCGUUUAGGCCCUGAAUGUAGAUGCUGCACACUGUGCAGCACUGACACAGGAAGCACCUCUAGUGACCGUCUGAGUGACUGUCACAAAAGUUGUCACUAGGAAGCAAUGUAAACACUGCCUUUUCUCUGAAAAGUCAGUGUUUACAUUGAAAAGCCUGCAGGGACAAGCUAUAGACACCGGAACCACUACAUUAAGCUGUGUGUGUGUGUGCCUGCUAGUGAGUGAGCUUGUGUUUUUGUGUCAAUAAGCUUAUGCAUGUCAGUGAGAUUGUUUGUUUGUCUAUGAGGCUGUGUCUCUAUGAGCUUGUGUGUGUCAUUGUAUGUUACUGUAUAAUUAAUAUUAUAUAUUGGAAAAAGCAAUAUAUAUUUGAUACAUAGAUCUAUAUAUUACUCAAUCAUCUGGGGUGGCAAGACAUAGCCUUACAUAUUACAUGCGACAAUAUUUGGCGCAAUGAUUUAUGGGGCUGGCAUAGACUUUUUUUUUUUUUUCAGGGCUGCUUUGUAUCCCCAGUCCGGCCCUGUUUGCAAGGCAGAUGCUCUGGGCAAUUGCUGCCUAUUGAGUUUAGCUCCACUGAGCUAAACAACCAGGAAGUAACAGGGACAGUUAUCUGACAGCCAGGAGGUGUAACCAGGUUACAUUAUAAAAAUGUCAGUUUCUGUUGCGAUCUGAACUUUUUGAAAAAUGGAGGACACGCUCUUCAGACAUAAAAUACUUUAGAAAACUAAAGUGCUUUAGGGUCCAGAGUAAGCAAAUAGUAAUAUGAAGGGAUUGUAACAAGGGUAACACUAUCACUGCUUUUUAAAAUUGUAUUUAUUUAUUUUCUCCAUAGGCCGGCAGCCAUAUAUCUGUGUGUGAGCAGGAUGUCACAAUGAUGGACCUGCGAUAACAUCGUGCAAGGACUAUCCUGAACCUCUUUGCAACCUGUGACUUGCCAAAUUGCCAUUAAUAACACUGCAAAAUAAAUAAAUUUAAAAAGCUGUACAUAGAGGGAUUUUGCAGUGUACAAUUCUGUCACUGCUUACUGCUCACAGUGGAAUGGCUACAAGUAGACUUCAAAAACACACUUGUCUGUUAGCAGCAGAAUUUGUGAAUACACUCCUACCGAUGAUGUACGAAACUCUGCGGUGCUUGCUCCAUAUGAUUAUUCUUAUAGGAACACGUUAGCUGAAUCUCUCUCCAAUAUAAAUGGAGAUGGAGAGUUACAAACUGUUUGAAUGCUUGGAUGGAUACAGCGCCAGUGAAAAUGACUAAUACUAUGGAUGCCAUUCAGCAUUGUGAAAGAAAUAGUCCCUUUUUCCUCCAAUUUUUCACAGCUUAAUCAAUCUUCCCAACAGCAUCUCUCUUGUACACCCCUUCUGUCUUUAUCUCUGUCCCCUAAAGUGGAGAAAAAUGUAAUUUAAUUUGGAUGGUGGACAAACAUUUCUUAAAGGACAGCUGUCAUCAAAUUUUCUUCCAUCCCCUUCCCCCCAUUAUUUAUAAUGGGACUUAAUGAUUUUUUUUUACUAUGUAUAGUGAUGGUCUAUGAGAAAAUUUCACUUUUUCUUUUUUUUUUUUUUCUUAAAAGUCUGAGCAGCCAUUCUGGGUUCAUUCUAUUACCUGACCAGGGCCGCCACUAGAAAUUUUGGGGCCCCUGACAAAGCAAAAGGUCUGGGCCCCCCGCCCGGCCCACCCACUGCAAAUGAUGCAGGACUGAAUGUGGUGUGUAUAGUGUAAGUUAAUUAGAAUGGAUGUAGUGUUUGUGUGUAUUAGAUACUGUUUGUGCAGUGAAUGCAGAGUGUGUGUUUGUGUAGUGGAUGCAGUGUGUAUAGUGAACGCAGAGUCUGUAUGAGUAGUGGAUGUAGUGUUUGUGUGUACCAGAUGCAGUGUCUGUAGUGGAUGUAGUGUGUGUAUUAGACGCAGUGUCUCUGUAUAGUGAAUGCAGAGUGCUUGAAUGUGUGGUGGAUGUAGUGUGUACUGUGAAUACAAGAUGUUUGUGUAAUGGAUGCUGUGUGUAUAGUUAAUGCAGAGUGUGUGUCAGUGUAAUGAAUGCAGAGUGUGUCAGUGUAGUGGAUGCAGAGUGUGUCAGUGUAGUGGAUGCAGAGUGUGUGUGUUAGUGUAGUGUUUGCAGAGUGUGUUUAUGUUAGUGUAGUGUAUGCAGAGUGUGUGUAUGUUAGUGUAGUGUUUGCAGAGUGUGUUUAUGUUAGUGUAGUGUAUGCAGAGUGUGUGUAUGUUAGUGUAGUGUAUGCAGAGUGUGUGUAUGUUAGUGUAGUGUAUGCAGAGUGUGUGUAUGUUAGUGUAGUGUAUGCAGAGUGUGUGUGUGUUAGUGUAGUGUUUGCAGAGUGUGUGUGUGUGUGUCAGUGUAAUGAAUGCAGAGUGUGUGUCAGUGUAGUGAAUGCAUGUAGUGUAAAUAGAGCAUUCCAAAAAGGUUGAACCAGGGAGGGGGGAGAUUCCAUGAUCCCUGUUGGUCCGGUGGCAUUGUGGGGCCCCCCGGCUCCCUGUACUUGCAGAGGGAGCCCUGCGGACUGCAAGUGUACUUACAAGCUUUUCCAUCUCUGUAACUCCCGCGAGCGCGGUGUGCGUGCCGCGCAGAGCGUUGCCAUGGUAACCCAUGGCAACGCUCUGAUGGCCACGGAUCUUGCGGGAGUUACAGAGAGGGAAGAGCUUGUAAGUACACUUGCAGUCCGCUGGGCCCCCUCUGCAAGUACAGGGAGCCGGGGGCCCGCCGCUGCACCUGCACUGCACAUAUAUAUAUAUAUAGCGAUCGUCGCUAUAUAUAUGUGCAGAGAGUAAUUGUGGGGCUCUGGACUGCCAAAGCAGUCCGGGCCCCCCAUGACCGCCGGGCCCGUGACAAUCGUUAUGGUUAUCACCCCCUGAUGGCGGCCCUGUACCUGACCAACUGCUGCUUAACCUAACUUGCCUGCUGCUGAAGUUGUUCUGUGUUAACUUGUUACAGCAGGGGUAAAGUAGGUUGAGCUGCAGUUGGUCAGAGGAAAAACCAAUACACAUCAUAUAUAAAAAAAAAAAAGAAAUCCUUACGUUUCAUUAAAUGUAAUAAACCUUUAAUAAACAAAAAGUAAAAAUUGAUGCCAGUUGUCCUUCAACACAACAUAACGUUUGAGUCUUCUAAACACAGGAACCAUUUACCCCUUCUUAAAAUUUAGAGAGAAAUUGUACUAUGUACCAAACACUAGUGACAUUUUAAUAAGUAAACUUUGUUGCAAAUGUAAGUUAUCGCUCAGUGUAUGAUUCAAGAUUCAAAUAUUUUGAUAGAAAGGAAUUGUACAUAAAUUAACUUAUUUGAUCUUUUUGCUAUGAUGAAAAAUGGACCAGAGAGAGCAACCAUCUGUGUCUGAUUAAAAAUACAAAAACGUACUAAUUCUGUAAUAUUUUUUCUAGUAACAUGAAUGAGAAUUCUGUAUAAUUAUUUUCUAGCAACAUUAAAAUGUUAAAUGCUUACUGAAUCUGUCAUAUUUAAAGUUGUACAGUAACAAAACUGCUGCAAAUAUUUAGCAAUACCUUGUUAAAAUGCUGGCAGUAAUUCUAACCUGUCUCACCUCUAUAACACUCAAAGCAAAUGAAGACAGGUUGUUUUUUUAAAUGUUUUUUUUGUGUGUAGACAAUGAAACAUGUCACAACUAAUUGUAGUGGGUGAUAAUGAAGAAGGAUUGCUAAAUAGAUAUGAGGUAGAAGAGGAAUGUAUAAACAUUCAAAGAAGUGAUCCAAAUGUUCAUGUUAAAAAAGAAAUUAAACAUUGUUCUUUUUCAUAUGUUAGUUCUGUGCAGGGAAAUAUUUAUUUGUAUCUUUAUUUAGUUCUGAGUGUAACCGUCUCUGGUUAUUAGUGCAGUAAAGACCAAACUUUGAUAUCUGAUGCACUGUAAUUGGGGCAAUGUGGGACCUAAAAGGCUUUAGCAGUAAUGUCCUUAAACUGUACUCUUACAUAAAAU